CUCUCAAGAUGUCGACCCAAGGCGAGCCGUUUUAUCUCCGCUACUACUCAGGUCACUCUGGGCGGUUCGGACAUGAGUUUCUAGAAUUCGACUUCCGUACCCUUGGCGAUGGCCGCAGCGCUGCCGUGCGCUAUGCGAACAACUCCAACUACCGCAAUGACUCCCUCAUCCGCAAAGAAAUGUGCGUGAGCGCGUCGAUGAUCCAGGAGGUGAAGCGCAUUAUCAAGGAGAGCGAGAUCAUGAAGGAGGAUGACUCCAAAUGGCCUCAGAAGAACAAGGAUGGGCGUCAGGAACUCGAGAUUCGGCUUGGGAACGAGCAUAUCUCCUUUGAGACUGCGAAAAUCGGCUCAUUGGUAGAUGUGACUGAGUCUGCGGACCCGGAAGGCCUGCGAGUCUUCUACUAUCUUGUCCAGGACCUGAAGGCUCUUAUCUUCUCGCUUAUUGCGCUCCAUUUCAAGAUCAAACCUAUCUAAAUCAUGAUUGCGGUAAUGAGAUGAAACGGUUCAGUUCUGGGAUGGAUAACAGGCGUUCUCUAUUGGAUUGCAGCCGCGGCAGAUAUACUACUUUUGUUUUUUCUCCCUUUCCCCGUUAAAUUCCCUAGUAGUUGGAAUGCUGAGACGCCAGAUGGCAAGCGACUAGCAAAAGGCGAUGACGCAAUGGGUGCUCGCCACCACCAAGGCCAACGUAGCGAGGAAUAGAACACCCAACGACGUGUAUGAGUGUGUGGAGUGUGAAGUAAAAGCAAUGACAAUCAAAAACAGGGCGAGGCCAGCCCGAU